AUGAUCUUCUCCUUGUUUCUGGUUUUCAUUUUGUUCCAAACAGUAAGCUUUCCCUUUCAGUAGAAGGAGAAACUUCAAAUGUGAAUUUUUCCAGAUUUCUUGCUACCAGAUAAUUCUAAUCUAUGGAACAUUGAAUGUGUCAGAUGUUUUAAGCACAACAAAUUCAGAUUCAUAUGAAUCAUGUUCAAAUGUAUGUUUAUCAAAUAUAAAUUGUGUUUCUCUAUUUUAUAUUCCAUCUUCUCAAUCUUGUUCUAUUUAUUCUAUUUAUCAAGUCAAUUCUUACAACAAAAAUGAUAGUUUACAAACUAUUGUUGGAAUUAAGGUAAGUCAAGGGAUUUAUGUGAUAUUGUAGUAUCCAUUCAGGAAUCUUUUCUCUGAUUUAUACGUUUCAAAAUUUCCAUAUUUCAAAGAAUGAUUGAAAAAAACCGAUAUUGUUGCGAAAUCCUCUCCAAAGAUCUGUAAAGUGAACAAAAGAAAUUGGGGGGGGGGGGACUAGAAUUUCUAAACUGCAAAACCUAGUCCCCAAUUCCAAUUUCAGCUUUUCCCAAGACAAACCAUCUAGUUCCACUUCUGUUCAAACUUGAUCACGAGCUUCUAAACCUGCAGGAAUUCCGAUGGUGGAAAUGCGGAGUGUCGUAUUUUGUAAUUUACCACCGAAAUAUAUGGGGAUGUCAUUGCGGAGUGUCGUUUAAAAUUGACAACUUAAGAAGAUCUCUAGAGCCUAUAGCUUCUACAAUUUGCAAAACCUAGUCCCCCAUCAUUUUUCUUCCAGACAAACUCCACCAGCUCAACCUGUCCCUCUUCAUUUUCCGAUAUCGAUUUAUCUGGUGAUGUAAAUGGAAUCGCAUAUCAAUUUUCAAGUUCAAAUUCAAGUUUUAGCUACCAAACUUGUCCUGAUGGAUAUAAACAAUUUACACGAACUCGUGGAAUUUGGUGCAUGAAAUUAUAUGAUUUUCAAACUGCACCAAUCAAUUUUGAUAGCACAUUUUGCUCUCAAUAUUCAGCACUUCCAACAGGAUUUGAUAAUUCAGAUGAAGUUAGCUAUAUAACAUCAGAAAUGGUAACCAAUUCCAUGUUUCAAAUGGAUGUUGGCGUUGAUGGCCUACGAAGUUCUUCCUGCUACAAUUCCACAGAUAUUUGGUGUGAUGACUUCGAAUGGACAAAUAACUACACAUCUUAUCCGAUGUUUAUUAAUUGGUCACCCAAUAAUCCAUCUCGAUGGAUUUCGGGACUUCAAAAAAAUCAAUUAUUAUUGAAUUAA